AUGGCCGGCCGCGCACCGCGGCGCUGCAGCACGGCGCGUCCCCCCGCGCUCCAGCGCGGCGCCCGAAGGUUCCGGCCCCGCGCAGCCCGGGCGCCGCCGAGCGCAGCCAGGCCCCGGCAGCCCGGCCUUCCCCCUGCCGGCAGCCCGGCCUUCCCUCUGCCUGCAGCCCGGCCUUCCCUCAGCCUGCAGCCCGCCCCGCCGGGGCACCGCGGAGCUGGCAGCGCCCGCGGGUCCCCCCCGCAUCCCCGAGUCGGUCACCGCUCCCCGCCGGCGCAGCCGGGAGGCGGCAGGGACACGGAGCACUUGGGCUUUAAACGGCUUUCCUGCAGUUUUCAGCUUGUAAAGGUCGGUGGUACAGAGGCAGCAAAAUCGCAGAUUUGGAGCUACUCAUCUGCGCCAGUUCAAGAUUAAAUGAGAAGCACUAGUGAUCUCUGCAGAUUCCCGUGGCAGUAAGAUUUU